CAUUCAGCCCCACUGACGAGUAUUCUCGUCAUAUUUAUGAUGCGUUAUUUAGCCGCUGACGAGUAUAGUCGUCUGGGUUUUCCCCGGCAAUAUGGCCGAUGACGACUAUACUCGUCGUUUUACCUGUAUGUUAAACAAGCAGUGAUUGGUCGAAACUAGAGGAUUUCACGUACACACGGUUAUACCAACCAAUGAAAUACAUGUUUAAAUGUCUUUGUGUGAAGUGUUCUUUAUUUAGAUGCGAUAUAAAUAGCUGUAAACAAAGGAAUUCGGCACAUGUGUUAAAUUUAUCGAUCGAAAAUGGCGGACGUAUUGCGGGAAAUAUUACAAGACGAUAGCGGCGAAGAAUUUGAGGGUUUUGAAUUGGAAGAUGUAGAAAAAGCAGAUAAUACUUAUGUCUAUCAUCUGCUUGCGUUAGAUGAUGCCGUAGAACAAGGAUCAGACCUCGAAGUGUCCGAUAUUGAAUCGGAAUCAGACCGCGAGUCAGAAACUGAAAGUAGUGACGAUGACGAUAUCGUGCUCGCAGAUUACAAUCGUUGGACAGAGAAUUUACGGGACAUUAAUGUUCCUGCAUUCAAUGGACCACAGCCUGGACCUACACAAACACUCGAAGCGGAUAAAAAUGAAAUAGAUUUCUUAAAUUUAUUGUUUCCUGAGGAGUUAUACUCGAAGAUAUCCGAGGAAACAAACUCUUAUGCUCAACUCUGCAUCAGGGCUAAAGCAAAUCCUGGAUGGUACGACACAACCCCUGAGGAAAUACGUGCUUUUCUUGGAUGUUUAGUCGUAAUGGGGAUUAUAAGUGCACCUGCACAAGAUCUCUAUUGGUCAAAGGACAAACUGUUUCAUUUAUCAUGUAUUGAAGAAAGGUUCACAAGAACAAGAUUCGAAAAUAUUCAGAGGUAUUUUCACGUGGCCGACACCACACAAAAUCCACCAAGGAACCAGCCUGGGCAUGACAAACUUGUUCAUGUACGUACAAUAAUGGAAACCAUCAGAGAAAAUUUCAAACAACAAUACAAUGCGCACAAAGAGGUUUCCAUUGACGAGGCCAUGAUUGGAUUCUCAGGCCGGCUUGGUUUCAAGCAGUAUGUUCCACUGAAACCUACCAAGCGUGGAAUAAAAGUGUGGGUUCGUGCUGAUCCAUACAAUGGAUUUAUGAACGACUUUCAAGUCUACACUGGAAAGGAAGGAAAUGUUCCAGAGGCUAACUUAGGUGGCAGAGUUGUCCUGGACCUGAUGGACUCUGUUUUGAAUCUCGGACAUCAUGUGUAUUGUGACAGUUUUUUCUCGUCCCCCGAUCUGUUUUUGAAGCUUUUGGAUGAAGGAACCGUUGCGUGUGGCACAGUAAAACCAAACAGGAAAGGAUUGCCAAAGGACUUGGACAAAAUUAAAUUAAAAAACCAAGGAGACCACAUCAUCAAACAGAAGGCAAACCUUGUGGUGAGUGUAUGGAGGGACAAGAGGAAACUGACAAUCCUGUCAACUAACACCAAUCAGAGUGACCAAGAGGUACAGAGAAAACAGAAAGAUGGGACCGUGAAGAAUGUAACGUGUCCAAUGUCAGUCAAGCUUUACAAUGCUUACAUGAAUGGUGUAGACCAUGCUGAUCAGCUUAGGUCCACAUACAACAUCGCAAGGAAAAGCCUAAAGUGGUGGAAGUACCUGUUCCUUUUCCUGUACGAUGUGUGUAUUGUAAAUGCAUUCAUCUUGAUGCGCGAGUCCCCAAAUCAUAGCUUGAGGACCAAAAACAACAGGGUGAGGACCAGAACUCAACUGGAGUUCAGAAUGAAGCUAGCCCAUCAGCUGAUUGGACUUUUUUCUAUGAAAAGGAAAAGGAAAUCCGAGUUCAAUGUUGAGCAUGUGAUGGAACAUCACUGGCCAAGCACCAUGCCGAAGAAGAGGAGGUGUAAACAAUGCACAAAAUCUGGUGUUAGACGAGAACCAUUGAGUGGAUGUUCCCAGUGUGAUGUGAACCUAUGCAAUGACUGCUUCAAACCAUUCCAUUUGGAAAACUUUCCAGACAUUUAUGGACAAUAAACAUAGAAAUAUCAUUGUUUAUUAUGAUUUUGAGAAGUGUUUCCUUUUGUUUUUCUUUAUGGAAAUAAACAAUUUUUAAGGUAUGGUAAUAAAAGUUAUAUCUUUAGAAUCUGCAUUUAUUCUUCUUUGUUCCCUGAAAAUAUGAAAAACAGAUGUGAAUAAUUAAUGAAGCAGUGGCUGUUUAUCUAUUGUCUGCUGACCGCUCAUCAGCAGCAGGGAUUCUGAUAAGAAUUUGCCUGGGGCACACGCUGCAAAACACUGCUGGGGCUUAUCUCAGAUAAGGCGGCUGGGGCUGAAUGA